AUGUCAAUCUCAAAGCGAAGUGAAAGACUAAGUUAAAAACAGGUUGAGAAUAAGUGGAUUGAUAAAGUAGUCUGUAAAAACUAUAAAAUCAUAAGUCCAUUAAAUUCAGGCUCUUUCGGUCAUAUCUAUUUGGCAAUCCAUCAAAUCAAAUAAGAAUAUUAUGCGGUCAAGAUAUUAUCUACAGGGAAAAAUCCAAUUCUUGCUCAAUCUGUUAAGAAUGAAGUUGAUGUACUUUAUAAAUUAAAUGGGCGUAUUGGAUUUCCUCGCUUAUAUUAUUUUAUAUAGAAUGGAACUGAAAACUUCAUUGUGCAAACUUUACUAGGAUAGAACUUGUACUAAUUACUAAUGCAAACUCCAAAAAAAGUAUUCUCCUUAAAAACUGUUCUGAUGUUCCUAGAUUAGGCAAUAGAAAGAUUACAAUAUUUGCAUAUGAAUGAUUACAUACAUAGAGAUAUCAAGCCAGAAAAUUUCAUGACAGGUUUAAAGGAAGAUGAGAUUUACCUUAUUGACUUUGGAUUUACAUCAAAAUAUAGAGAAUAAGGCUAGCACAUAGAGAGAUAGAAGAAUGAAAAUAUCAUUGGAACUCCUAGAUUUUGCCCAAUCUGUUCUCAUUUGAGUUUGUCUUAAAACAGAGCUAGCGAUUUAGAAAGUUUAGGAUACUUAGCCGUUUACUUUUUGAAAGGAUCAUUACCAUGGAUGCACAUACAUGCUGAAACCCCAGAGGAGAAAAUAAAAUUGAUUGGACAGAAAAAGAUGAAUACAUCAAUUGAAGAACUAUGUUUUGGAUUGCCCAAAACAUUUGAAGAUUAUUUUAAAUAUAUCUAAAAUAUCUCAUUUGAUGGAGAUCCAAAUUAUGAUUACAUUUAAUAAUCUUUCAAGAAAUUGUAUUAAACAUUAGGAUAUCCAUUUGAUCAAAAGUUUGAUUGGACCAAAGAGGAAAUCAGAAAUUCUCAAGAUAAUGAAAUAAAUACAAAAUAAUAAUAGUUUUUGGAAGUUGGAAGGAAAUCAUUUACAGCAGAUGUUAAUAUUGAAGAAAUACCAUCACAAAUUUAAAAAAAAAAAAUAGAGAGAAUCCAUCAUCUCAAAAUUUAAGAAGAUUUAUUUUUGACUACUGACUUACAACAGGAUGAAAUCUAAGAAUUUGAACCAGGACUUACAUUGUUCGAGAGAAUGCAAUAGAUAAAUAAACAAAAUUUAAAGAAAUAAAAAUGA